CUUCAGUCUGAAACCUGCGCCUUAUUAACAGAGACCAGAUAUUUGUUCUCUGGAAAGGUUAAGAAGAGCAGUCACCGUAUCUAAGCCCCCGUUUUCCUGCCAAUCUGAAGAGAAGGACAACAUGGUGCUCGCACAGAGAAUUCUGAAUGUUUUAUGCAUCAUGUCAUAUUUAAUUGCAUGUUCCGAUGUUGUUGCGGAAAAUACAACAUGCUUUUCACGCCGAUGUCUGGCUAAUGAAAUGAUCGCUAAAGAGCUGUUCAGUCCUCCUCAGCCACCAUCCUGCGCUGUUAAAGUGAACCUCACCUCCAUCCAGUAUGAAACCCUGUCUGUGGAUACAAAAACCCUGCGUUUCACAAGCCGCAUCAAAAUUGAAAUGGAAUGGAAGGAUCCAGACCUGGCAUGGAACGACUCGCAGUACGAAUUUACAGAACUGAUGCUACCGGUCGACAAAAUCUGGACACCAGACAUGACAGUGGACAAUGCAGUGGAAACAGAGGUCAAACCAGUAAAUACUGAUAUACUGGUGAGAAAGGAUGGCACUGUGGAGCACUCCAUCCAGAUGUACACAACCGUCGUGUGUGGAAUCAACCUCUUUAACUACCCCUUUGUGAAGGACUCUUGCCCUGUGGCUCUUAACGGAUGGAGUCAAAACAAUUGUGGCCUGCGUUUCGAGUACGGGUCAGUAACUGCAGUGGGACAAAGUCGAGGAGAAUGGCAGACGGUAUCAGUGGUGCUCACCGGUGACCAAGGAAAGUUGGAUCGGAACUAUAUCUUAGUCACAAUGUCCAUUAACCCCUUUAACACCAUCGUGACGCUAAUCCUGCCCACUGUGCUGAUCAUGCUGGCUGAUCUGGUGAGUUUCGCUCUGCCGCUGGAAGGAGGAAAACGCAGUUCCUUUAAAAUAACGCUGGUGCUGAGCUUCACCAUGUCGCUGCUCAUCCUCACCGACCACCUGCCCGAUACCGGCCUCUGCAGCCCCCUCAUCCGUUAUCAUUUCUGUAUCUGCUUGGUUUUUCUGGUGCUGAGCUUGCUGGCGUCUAUGAUCUUCACACGGAUGGCUUCAGACGGCAGCAUCUUCUCCUGCACGUUACCGAAAUGUGGAUUUAAAAAAAACGAUAUCAGCAAACAUGAUAAACUGCAAGAUUUAAGUCUGAGUGGUAUCUCCACGGUUUCGGGUGAGUUCACGGAGAAGGCCUCGAUCCAGAAUGUGGUGACGUUCUUGGAGAACAUGGAGAAAGCCAACGAGGAGGCAAAGAAGAAGCAGAACCUCGCCAAUCGCUUCGACAGAAUCUGCUUCUGGAUCUAUUUCUGCACUGAUGUCGUUUACGUCAUAUGUUUAAUCGCCAUCACCAGGACAGAGUUUUGCAAAAUUAAUAAUCUGGAUUUCUGGUAGGAGGUGUAACAGAGUACGGGUUACAACUUAUUUUAUCAAUAACUAUAUUCUGAUUCUUUUCUCUGCUGAAACUGAGACUCAGUCCUUAAUCAUGUUAAUCUAUAGCGCUAAAGGCUAAAGCUGCUGUUUCCAUGUAGGUCAGCCAGACGUCUUCCUGUAGCAGUUUUUUUUUUCCUCCAGUUUAUAAGAGUCUUUAUUUGAAGGUGUAGGAAACAGUACUCACCACUCUCUGACUACACCUGUAAUUUCUCUAAAGAAUCCAGUCGGUUCAAGGCAACAUUUUUUACACUGGAUUUUGUUCACUUCUUAGUUGUUAAAUAGACCUGAAAGCAUAAAUGGCAAAAAUAAAGGGAAAAAAUUAAGGUGUUCUAAAACUUUUGACCGGUAGUACAGUCAUUGGCACUAGUGUUAAUUUUGUUGUUGAAAACAAUGGCAACAAAAUUUAACUGAUGACAAAGAUCAAUCACUUUUUAUAACAUGAGUUAUAAAGCAAAUUCAUGCAACUUAAAAAUGAUGAGAUCCUUUUAGGGUUUUAUUAUAGAAUUACAGCCAAUCAGAGAAAAACAGUUUUUUUAUACAUUAGAUAUUUAUAACAAUAUAAAAUUAAUCUAUUAAAAAUAUUAAUAACGAGAGUGUAAGACAAAUAUAGAAGUCAUAAUUGCUCAGAUUAUUUUGUGUACUUAUCAUAAGCUAAAGACACCUAAUAUAAAUCUUCCAAAUCUUCUAUAUAAUAAAUAUCUCAUUUAUAUUUUAAUAAACAGAAAACAAAGUUUAUCCAAGAAUCUAUCUAAAACAUGAAUAAAAAAAGUGAUAUGAUCUGAAACGUGAGAUUUACGAUACAUUUCACCACUAAUUCCUGGAGAUAGAGUAAAAAGAACGUUGAGGGAGAGUUCAGUUCGUUUUUCUGACAUUUGGUUUUAUUUGCCCGUUUGUAAGUUUAACUCAGGGAUCAUUUACAGUAUGUUUACUGGAUUUGUGGGAACAUGGUAGUGGCAUAAACAUAAACUUAAAAUACUGUACAUAAUAAAUACACUUAUACUGUACAAAAGAAGGGUAUUAUAGAACUGUAAGAUCUUCUUCCACUACUCAGAUAACAUGCCUAUGUGGGGUCUGUAGGGGUCCCAUGAAUUAUGGGCUCAUUGUUGACCCACACAUAUGGAUACCCACCAAGUAAAUACAUUAUUAAUACAUUAUUAAUACAUUACUCCAAAAAUAAUUACAAUAAAUGUAUAUUAUAAUUUACAUUAAUUGUCAUUUUAUGGAUAUUUUAUUCCACUGUUAUAAUAACAAUACUGUAGUGAAAUAAUGCUUUUAAACUCUGCUUUUAAACAGCAAUGCACUUCUAAUGGUUAAAAAUAUUAUAACUAUUUAAAUGCCAGCUUGCUGGUUGUGCUGAGAAUAAAGGAGGGUCAGUCUACCAGUUGCAUCGCUUUGGAGAUCUGCGCAAGUGCAGCAGCCGGAAAACAGGCUGACAAAUCAUCCUGUUUUUGUCUAUUAUGGGGCCUAAAGCUACAUCCUUUUUAAUGAGGUUUUUAUCAGAUUGUAUCAGUGAUGUAAAAUGCGUUGUUGAAAUUGUAAUUUCUGGUCUAAGUGGCUAUAACUGUCCGUCAACUUGCCUAUAAGGACUUUAAUAAAAGCAAUGGACAAUAUUGAGGUCAUUAAAAAUGAUUACGGUCUUGUAAAAUCAGCUGAUAAUGUAAUGAUCAUGAAAUGCCUCCCCAUAUGACCAUGUAUAAUAACAAUAUAUGUACAAAUCCACGUUCCACCCAUGUAAUCUCCACAUAAACAUGCUGGCUGGGUAAAUACUAUAUACAUAAUUCUGUGUAUAAUGGAACUUAUACUCUAUAUACAGUAGUUAUCAAAUAUUCAAUAAUGUACAUUCUGUGUCUCACGUUCUGAAAUAAAUAAAGAUGGUUAUUUAAACGUGU